CAGCCAUAAUUUGUAGAAAUUUUACGGUUGAAAUGUAAACUACUUUAUUGUUGAUUUUCUUGUUCUUUUUUCCUACAAAAACCGUUACAAUGAAUAAAGGAACAACGAUUAAAGAUGCCUUGUCAAAAUGGGAGGAAAAGAAUGGGAAAAAAGCAUCGGAGUCGACUGAAAUAUUACUCUAUGCACAGUAUCCUCCCAUAGAAAAAAUGGAUGCCUCCUUGUCCACAUUGGCUAACUGCGAGAAAUUGUCCCUUUCAACAAACUGUAUUGAGAAAAUUGCUAAUCUGAAUGGACUGAAAAAUUUAAGAAUACUAUCAUUAGGAAGAAACAACAUCAAAAAUUUAAAUGGCCUGGAAGCUGUAGCAGAUACGCUGCAAGAAUUAUGGAUUUCUUACAAUAAUAUUGAGAAACUGAAAGGAAUUGGUGUUCUUAAGAAAUUGAAGGUUUUAUAUAUGUCCAACAAUCAAGUGAAAUCAUUUGAUGAAUUUCAAAAGUUGGCUGAUUUACCCCAGCUACAAGAGUUAAUUCUUGUUGGUAACCCACUUGAAGAGAAACAGACAGCAGAAGGCACAUGGCGACCGGAGGUGAUACGAAGACUGCCAAAUCUUAAAAAACUUGAUGGUAUCACAAUUGUCAAAGAGGAAGGCGAUGACGAAGAAGAAGAAGGCUAGCUGAGACUAAGAACAUUAUUUAUUUUGUAAAUAUCCUGCAGGAAAAAAGUACUGCAGUUGUUUUUCAAUUAUGUACCAAUAUAUAUUUGUGCAGUCUAAAAGCUUGCUUGUUUUGUAGAGUUACAUUAAUGGAUGUGAAAGAACCAAGAAAUUGAAAUAAAUGAAAAAAUUCUAU